ACAGAUACCUAUAGACCAGAAUGGAAACAGCAUAUAGUGCUUCCCUGAUUUGGUGUUCACCAUUUUCAUCCCCAUAUUCCUCAACUAAAUCCUGAACCCAACCCCAAUACCACCCAAGCUACUAUGGGGACAUAUCUCACAGUGCUUCCAUCUGCCAAUCCAAACUGCCCAUUAAGAAACAUAAAUGAAACAAUGAGUGUGAAAAUUCCUUACACACCCUUGGCAUAGACACUCAAUAAAUUACAUAUCCUCAAAACUCUUUAAACAGGCAGAUCACAAUGCAAGAACUCAACCAGUCCUCCGUGACAGAAUUCAUUCUUUUGGGUUUUGCCCCCAACCCUAGGACCAACCCUCUGCUCUUCACCUUCUUUCUCACCUUUUACCUUCUAAUCCUCAUAAGCAACAGCCUCCUCAUCACCCUUAUUCACCAGGAUUCUCGCCUCCACACACCCAUGUACUUUUUCAUCAGUGUCCUCUCCACGCUGGACGUGUGCUACACAACCACUACCGUGCCCCAGAUGCUUGUGCAUAUUCUCAGUGAGAAGAGGACCAUCUCUUUUGCUAGAUGUGUGGCCCAGAUGUACAUCUUCCUCCUCUUUGGGGUCACUGAGUCCUGGCUUUUCUCUAUCAUGUCUGUGGACAGGUACGUGGCCAUCUGCCAUCCUCUCCGGUAUAAGAUCAUCAUGAGCCAUUGGAUGUGCCUCCUCAUGGUGGGCAUCUGUGCAGCCUAUGGUGUGGUGGGUGGCCUGUGCUAUACCUUCUUUGCUAUGAGUCUGCCCUACUGUGGCCCUAAUGAAAUUGACCACUACUUCUGUGAGGUCCCUGCUGUCCUAAAGCUGGCCUGUGCAGACACAUCCCUCAAUGACUUGGUGGACUUCAUCACGGGCUUCAAUGUCAUUGUGAUCCCACUGUCCCUGGUUGUCAUCGUCUAUGCCAACAUCUUUGCCACCAUCAUGAAGAUCCGCUCAGCCCAGGGACGGGUCAAGGCCUUCUCCACCUGUGCCUCCCACAUCACUGUGGUCACCAUGUUCGCCAUUCCAUGCAUCAUUAUGUACAUGAGCCCUGGCUCUGACUCCUUGUCAAACAAUGGCAAGAAAAUGGCCCUUUUUUAUAACAUUGCCACAGCCUUCCUCAACCCUGUCAUCUACAGUCUGAGGAACAAGGACGUGAAAAAGGCUUUCCUCAAAUUGAUGGGAUGGAGCAGGGCCCCACAAUGAGGCCUUAAAGCUGAAGACCUGGGGAGCCAAACAAAGCAGGACUCACACCCACAACCCCUCAAAGACUCUUCCAUGAGACCUGGGAGGGCUGUACUCCAUAAAGCUAACCCUUCACCCUGGCCUAGGGAGAAGGAACUGAGUACUCAGACAACCACAGCAUCUGUGGUGACCUGGUUUGGGACAGAGGUGAUUGUGAAGGUAGAGCACAGUGGUCAAGAGCCAGGAUGACAGACUUGAUUUUAGCCAUUAGCAGGACAUAUGAA